ACAGUUUCGUUCUCAGGACACGGGGGUGAGAGUGUGUACUCGCCACUGCCUAGCAGAAAAUCUCCGGAUUUCUGGCCGGUGAUAUAACGGCGGCGCAAUUUUGAGCUCUUCCGGUGGCCAUCUUCCGCCCUAAUUUUACAAUUUGCAGCGAGAAUGAGCAUUUUUCUUCCUUGAAUAAGAACAACAAAAAAAUGGCUUCAGUUUGGACUCUUCAAUUUCAUACGGUCUCAUUUCAGCAUCGAGUUUCGCCAAGCCUGCUAGAAUUCAGAGCACGAUUUUGGCUCCACCGCGGCUACAAUAGCUUCAAUAGAAGCUAUAUUUUCAAAAGGAUUGAAUUAAGAGCUGCACGCAAUUCAUUGAAUGGUGAUGAUGUCAGGCAACUUCCGGAGGAAAGCAACGUUGUUGAAUCUAAGAAUAAGAUUAUACUGAUUCCGAAAAAUGUGAUUACUAAAUUGCAAGUGACUGUUGGCUCUUGCCCUCCCAUCGUUUUCUUGACAAAAAAGCAUCCGAGUGCUGGGUUUGCAGUUGGUAUAUUUGUGAUAGCAACUUUGCUGAUUAUUGCUGUGAGAAAUCACAUGUUGAGAAAAUCAAGAUAUAGCAGUCCUGGCACGGUGGCUGAUCUCGUUCGGCGUGGUCAAUUGAGAUCUGAUAGAAGAGGCAUCUCUAGUCCUCUUAAGUAUGAAGACCCAUUUAAUAACCCAAUGGUUAAGGUCAGUAAGAGCAAUUCAACUGUUGAGAUGGGUGGCAAAGUGUACCGUUUAGCACCAGUUACUCUUACAAGGGAACAACAAGCGAUACAUCAGAAAAGGAGGUCGCGUGCCUAUCAGUGGAAGAGGCCGACAUUGUUUCUUAGGGAAGGUGAUUCAAUACCUCCUGAUGUGGACCCUGAUACGAUCAGGUGGAUUCCAGCAAAUCAUCCUUUUGCAACCACAGAAAGUGAGAUUGAUGAAGAUCUGGCACAAAAUAAUGUUUAUCAAAAGCAUGGCGUUCCGUUUCGUAUCCAGGCAGAGCAUGAGGCUCUGCAGAGAAAGCUUGAGGCACUUCAAAGUGAGCAGAAACUUAACAAACUAGUAAUAGACCCUGCCACUGCCAAAGAUUUUGAGAGGCCAUUUAAAGCAAGAAUGAAGUCAGAGGAUCAGAUUGAACAGAGCCCACACAAUCGUCAGAUGGGAUCUAAGUUUUCUGAGCCAAAUCCUGCCCGAGAUUCUAGUGCAAGCAAACCGGCUACUGAGGAGACGCAGAAGCCUUAGGCACAUCAUUUGCUUGCAACUACGAGAUUUUGAUAUGUAACAUAAGAAAAGCGCGUUCCUUUUUCUAGCCUAGACGCGGUGAACCACAUAUUGAGUUGAAAAGAUGUAUGUCUGUAUGUAUAGGAAUGUCGACAAGAACAGUAUGUGUGUGUGCCAUCUUUUACUAGAACAAGAACAGUAUGGUUUUGCAAGUGGAUAAUACAAUACUUCUUUGCCUCUCUUAUA